GGGAGGGGGGCCGGUUGUACUUUUUCGAGCCUCACAAGUUCAUUCAACACGUUCCCACACACCCUAGAUUUAUUCACAAUCUUCAACAGGCCUUAGGACACGACGACUUUUCAACAGUGUUAGUAUCAACAGGUAUUAACAGGUAUUAUAAACAGCUAUUGAAAAAGAUCGACUUUUCAACCGUACCCUAGCCAACCAGAGUACCUUUCACUCCAUUGUCGUCACCCCAUUACUCCUUCAAAAUGGUGUUGAUCAUCAUCGGUGGGGUCAUAGCUCUCUCAGUAGCAAUUAAUGCUAUUUUCAAGUUGUACCAUAAACUUACCCAUGACGAUCACAGGCUGCAGCCGGUUCGCACUAUGCCUGUGGGGGCAAUCGGGUGGACACAGGAUAGCAUCAGCAGUCGCGUAUACAAUGUCACCCUUGACAGCCAUGUUGAGAUUCAAGCCAUAGUCGACGCUGCGCUGAGUGAUCCACGAGGCGCCCUUGCCUUCAUGAGGGAGCAUUUCCCCGAUCCCAUCCGCAUCUUCGAUUCAGGCAAAAAUGGAUUCCUUUCCAUCGACAACCGUCGGCUUGCGAUAUUCCGCAUGGUCUUGUCUUCCGAAAUUCAAAUCCCAGUCAGGGUGUUGACUCGGGAGCAAGCGGGUCAAGCACUCUUGCAGAGUCCAGAUGGGGUAGACCCCAAAGCCGCGUCCGAUGCCCUGCAUAGACGUUGCACGACUAGGGACGGAGGUUUCUCUAUCAUGAUCAGAGGUCCACAACGUACCGUGAUCUCUAACGGGUGUUCCACAAACUAACAGUUUGUGACGGCAGUUACGGGGUGUGAAUGCAUGGACCGACGCGAGUAGAAAGUAGGAUACUCUCUGAGAACCUCGGAGUUGUAACAUACUGUGCCUCUUCAAGUGCUCGAAUGUCCUGUCUUGUAGGUACUGUUAGCUAUCUUGAAUUACCCUGUAAAGUCUUCGAAAUUCGAGUUUAUAUCAUGAUUGUCAUACCUUGUAAAUACUGUUAGCUAUCUUGAAUUGCACUGUAAAGUCUUUGAAAUUCGAGUUCAUAUCGUUUUUCCACCAUAAC